UAAAAGUCCAUCACUGAGGUGGUUCCAGUGCCUCUUCUCCCUGCUGGAAGCUGCGCUCUCUGCUCACUCUGUCUCUCCCCUAGUGCAAACAUGUCGGACCAAGAGCACCUCAUGGACUUGCUGAGGAAAGAGGUGAGGUCGCUGCUAAUGGCUGUCAAAGAGGGCCUGACCCCAGUGCAGCUGGAGCAGGAGUACCUGACUAUGAUCGGCAAACCUCUCCCAUUGCGCAUGUUGGGCUACCGAUCCACCAUGGAGCUGGUGAAGGACAUGCCCGAUGUCGUCAGUAUCUGCUCCUGUAGAGAUGGCUGUGUUGUACUGAAAGUCAUUGCAGAUGAGACCACCAGGGGGUUGGCAAGUUUGGUUGCCAAGCAGAGGACCAGUUCUAAGGCGCAAAAUAUCAUGCGAAGAACAAAUGCCUUCUCUCGCCCCCGCCUGCCCCGGCGGGGCCGGACCCCUCCUAUCCUGCCAGCUAUGGUGAAGAGUGAGCUGAAAGACCUGCUGAGUCUGUCCCCAGUCUUGCUCUCAGAUUUUGAUAAGGCCUUCGCCAGGCGUUUUGGACGGACAUUCCAGUAUACGCGCUAUGGAUUCUUGUCCAUGAUUGAAGUGCUGAGCGCAGCCUCUGAUAUCAUUGCCAUUGAGCAGACCAGGGCGGGCUCUCUGCUGACCCUGAAGGAAAGCCCCUCAGUUAAGCCACAGCAGGAAAAGCUGUCACAGGGUAAGAUGAUGAUGAUUCAGCCAAAGAAAGCAGAGCAGGCCAAGCCUGAUUCUCUGCUACCACCUGCAGUUAGGACACCCCCUCCAGGAUCUGUCUUAUGUACAGAGAGCCUUGAAACACCAAAAUGGGGAUCAGAGCCAGUGGAAGCAGCAGUAGGGAACUGUGGUGAGAGACUGAAACAAUUGGAGAAGGAUAUUAAGAUGAUCUUUGCACAGAAGGGAGCCGGAGGGACAGUCAGCUCAGAACUCAAAGAGAAGAUCCGAGUUGUUGCAGCCCAGUAUCCUGAGGGUUUGCUUGCUUCUAAGCUACCUGGUGAGUUUGAGGCACGUUUUAAACAGAAGCUGUCCGUGAAGGAGCUGGGGUUCUUAAAUGUGAUGGAGUUCGUUGGGGCCCUUAAUGAUAUUCUCUAUGUUGAGCGCAAGGAAGGCGGACAAGACUGGCUGGUCUUUGAUCUUGAAUCCAAGUGCUUAGCAGAUGGUGCUGCUGAGCUCAAGGUCUCCAGCUGGGAUUUCCAUUCUGAGAACGCGGAGGCUCUGGACCUGAAAAAAAGCCAAGUAUUCGAUGUGGUAAAAAAGACAGUGAAACCAUAUCGGGAUGUGGAGGAGCUACAGCUAGCAUGGGAGAUAGCAGAACCAGAGAUCCCCCCUGAUGCUGUUCAGGACAGAAGCCUUUAUUGUCUCCCUGCACUGGACAGUAGCACCCUAGUGGGUGUCUUUGUGGAGUACAUCAUCUCUCCUAACCAGUUCUACAUCCGGAUAUGUAGCAGGGAAACGUCUGAGAUGCUGGAGGACAUGAUGAUUGAGAUGAGACGAUGCUAUUCAAAUAAAAACGUUUCUGACCGUUACGUCAUGCCGGAGGCCUUGGUCCAGCCUGGCCAUCUUUGCUGUGUUAGGAUUUCGGAGGACAAAUGGUGGUACCGAGUCAUCAUCCACCAGGUGCUCAGCGAACAGGAGGUGGAGGUGUUCUUCCCAGACUUUGGAAAUCUGAGGACUGUCCAGAAGUCUUGCCUGAGAUUCCUCAAGUGCUGCUAUUCAAAACUUCCUGCCCAAGCUAUCCCUUGUUCCUUGGCGUGGGUGAAACCCAUACAGGGGCAUUGGACCACCAAUGCCAUUCUCCAGUUCUGGAAGCUGUGUAACCUGAAGCCACUGGUGGGAGUGGUGGAUGAAUAUGUGAACAGUAUUCUUCACCUCUUCCUGUGUGACACUACCGCUGAUGAAGAUACCUACAUCCAUCAGGUCUUGAGAGCAGAGGGCCAUGCUGUCAUUUGCAGAGAAAAUAUUCCCUCCAAGGGGUUCAUAGAACAGAACCCCUCAGAAUUGUACCUGCAGCCCAGUCCGAAUGAUGGAUCAUCAGGGUCACACCUUCCCUUACAGGAACAGGAAUCUUUCUGUGAAAUCAGCAGGGCAGUGAAUCCAGAGCUGAAUGAGAGUGAACCAUAUGCCCAGAGAUCUCAGGUUGACCAGAAGGAUGCAGUGUGCUUAGCACCUGAAGGAAGGGUACAAGAAUACGCCUGCUCUGUGAAUUCUUAUUCUCUUACUUCAUGGGACUUACAAGGCAAAAAUUCGCAGGAAAGUCCAAAUGGAGAGCCCAGAAAGCCAAAACUGGAAAUGCAGGGAAGUCCUCAUCUGGACAUACCAUCCUUAGAGCCGGCGUCUGUGAUCUCAGACAUCUGGAAUGAAAAGUGGUUGCCUCUGCAAACCUUACAGAAGCAGACUGGUAUUGGCCAUGACACCUUGCAAUUGGAUACUGUGAUAUCUUCCAGCCAGACCUCCAGCCAUGAAGGCAGGAAUCAGAGCCUGCAAAGCAAAGAGCAGCUGCAACAGGCAGGGCAUUUUGCUGCUGCUGAAGAGACUUCGGAUCAUGUGAACAUGACAAGGACAGCAGUUGAAAAGUCAAAAUACCCAAUCCAGGAGACACUGGAUCUGGGAGAAGUCCUGGAGUCCACUGGGGGGCUGAAGACACCAGCCUCUCUUGGAGAUUUAUCAGAUCCUGCUGUUUUGUCCAAGUCACUGGAAGAGUUUUAUGUCUCCCUAAGCUGUUCCCAGCCCUCAGCAGAGCCUAGCCAACUGGAGACUGAUCAGAACAAAAUAUCUCUUAACAAGGUCCAGCUUCUUACACCACCAGCUGCUUCUGCCUCACUUACAACAGCACCUGUAUCUUUGGAGAAGCAGAAUGGGGAAGUCAUUCCAGAGACGGUAAAGAGUGAGGACCUCUUGAGGACCCAAGUUAUCACACUGAGUAGCAGUAACAGCUGCAGUAACCGAGGGGCUGAGGAUCAGAAUUCUCUGAUUCUAGCUGCUGAGCUCCAGGUCUCCCAGAAAUUCUACGUCCCUCGCAGCUCACCUACCGCAGCAUUGGGAGCUGCUGCACGCUUGGCCACCUCCAGUGGCCUUUUUCACUGGUUCACUGUCUUGAGAAAGUUGGAGACAUGAGGAGGAGGAGGAACCCCAAGCUGUAUGGUUUCUCAAGAAAGGAGUCUAAUCCACUUGUACUGCAUCAGACAAGAUGGAGAAACAAAGCAGAUGCUCUUAGAGGGGUUGGUUCUCCUGUGCCAUUUCUUUGUCCAUAAGAGUUACUCAUCCUCCUAGGACAUGCCUGUGUGUAUGGGAUAAAUGUUGCUUUUAUUUUCAGUGGAGAUUGUUAUAUUCCUUCUGUUGUACUGCUGCGUAAUGACUGUGUUCUUUUUAAUAUAGUGGUUUGAACUGUGUUUCAGUGUUGUUGUGUUGCAUGUAUG